CACAGCACAGCAGAGGUGGAGACUCAUAUCUAUCUGUACACUGGUGUAUUUAUAAACAUGUCAUUUGCUUUCUGUUUCCUUUAAUACACUUUAUUUCCCAGUGCACGAGAGUGAAAGCAAAAGUAUUCCUACGCUCAUUAUUCCUCCUGUUGUGCGCACACCAUUUGCCUUCCACCAGUCUAGCUCCAGAUUGUGUUAUUUAUCCGACUUCAAAAUGACUCAAGGAAUUGUUAGAUAUUUUGUUAUGGUCCUUGGGAACACCAUGGAUUCCCACAAGACCUUUCUGGAUCAUCUCACCAUUUCAACUAAUUUUCGUGAAGUGUCUUUACUAAAGGAUAGUGAUGUCAUUAUUGCUUUUGUCCCGAUUGUGUCUCGAGCUGGGACUGACAUUUCGGCUGCAAUGGAGAAGAUUCCUGAGGGGAAGCCUGUUGUUCUCGUGGUGCUCCACCACACUUUUGAUCAGUAUUACAUCGCUCCAGACAGCAGACUCUGUGUAAAAAGGGAAGGAGUGUUUGCUGUAGAUUGUCUCUAUUAUGAAGACCUGGGGUUACUGAGAUGCCCGUGCAAUGAUGAAGCGAUCAGAGCCGUGAGGGAGCACCUGAGACUCCAGGACUACUUUACUGAUGACUUCAGAAAUGUGGUGAAUGGCAACAGUCACAGAUGGAUAUUCCUUGUUGUGGGCGUUAUUGUGGGUAUUACUGGUGGUACUGGUUUGGGUAUUACUGUGAGUCAUUAUCCAGAUGUUGCAGGUCUGGGUGCUGUUGUAGGUAUUCUUGUUGGGGCCGGUGUGGUAAUCCCUAAGAUUAAUAUCUGGGUAAAGUAUGGAGAUCGUCUGAACAAUUACAGAUGGACGUUGCUUGUUGUGGGUGACGUUCUGGGCAUUAUUGUGAUGGUUAUUGCUGUGAAUACUGCUGCCAGUAUUUGUACAGGUGUUUUUGUAGGACUUGGUGUAGGCGGUGUUGUGGUCAUCAUUAUGUUUGUUAUCUGGGAUAAACAUUACUCUUAAAUUCAUGGUUGAUUUUUGUUUAACGUGUGUGUGUGUGUGAGUGAGACACUGAGAGAGAGGAAAACUUAAAUAAAGAUUAUCACACUUUUCUUGCUUAAUGCUGAAAAUAUUUAUUUUAAUAAUUUAAAAAAUGCUAAAAGUAAAUAUAAUUAUUUAAUCAUUAUUAUAUAAUAUAUAUAUUUGGAGAGAGGUGAUACGUACUUCUACAUUUCGAUUGUGAUUCGUAUAUUUUAUUAAUUUGUACAUCUUAGUUUAAUGAGUAUAGCUCACAACUGUGUGUUUUACUGCCUGCAAAAAGUGUCUGCUUAUGUAAAUAAAUAAAGAACCUGUCCAG